GUCUUCUUCAUUUCUUCGCAAGUCGUAACCGUUGAAAUCCUCUCUCUCUCUCUCUCUCAAUUUUGUAGUCUCCUCUACUUAGCUUUAGCAAUCGAAGAUGCGUGAGAUUCUUCACAUUCAAGGUGGUCAAUGUGGAAACCAGAUCGGAGCUAAGUUCUGGGAAGUAGUUUGCGCCGAGCACGGGAUCGAUUCCACCGGAAGGUACCAAGGAGAGAACGAUUUGCAACUCGAACGAGUCAAUGUCUACUACAACGAAGCGAGUUGCGGGAGGUUCGUCCCACGCGCCGUCUUGAUGGAUCUGGAGCCAGGGACUAUGGACAGUGUCAGAUCCGGUCCCUACGGUCAGAUCUUCCGUCCUGAUAACUUCGUCUUCGGUCAAUCCGGUGCCGGUAACAAUUGGGCUAAAGGACAUUACACGGAAGGUGCUGAGCUUAUCGAUUCUGUUCUCGAUGUCGUUCGUAAAGAAGCUGAGAACUGUGACUGCUUGCAAGGAUUCCAAGUGUGUCACUCGUUGGGAGGAGGAACAGGAUCUGGGAUGGGAACGUUGUUGAUUUCAAAGAUCAGGGAAGAGUAUCCUGACCGGAUGAUGCUGACGUUUUCAGUCUUCCCAUCUCCGAAAGUGUCUGACACUGUUGUUGAGCCUUACAAUGCAACUCUCUCUGUUCAUCAGCUCGUGGAGAAUGCAGAUGAGUGUAUGGUUCUUGACAAUGAAGCUCUCUAUGAUAUUUGUUUUAGAACUCUUAAGCUCACCACUCCUAGCUUUGGAGAUUUGAAUCACCUCAUCUCUGCAACGAUGAGUGGUGUCACUUGCUGCCUACGUUUCCCGGGUCAGUUAAACUCUGACCUGCGAAAGCUUGCAGUGAACUUAAUCCCAUUCCCUCGUCUCCACUUCUUCAUGGUCGGGUUUGCACCGCUGACAUCUCGCGGAUCACAGCAGUACAGAGCGUUAACCGUCCCUGAGCUCACUCAACAGAUGUGGGAUUCGAAGAACAUGAUGUGUGCAGCUGACCCACGACACGGCAGGUACUUAACCGCAUCAGCUAUGUUCAGAGGCAAAAUGAGCACCAAAGAAGUGGACGAGCAGAUGAUCAACGUUCAGAACAAGAACUCGUCCUACUUCGUUGAGUGGAUCCCAAACAACGUGAAAUCAACCGUCUGUGACAUCCCACCAACGGGUCUGAAAAUGGCAUCCACUUUCAUCGGGAACUCGACAUCGAUACAGGAGAUGUUCAGGCGUGUGAGCGAACAGUUCACAGCCAUGUUCAGGAGAAAAGCUUUCUUGCAUUGGUACACUGGUGAAGGAAUGGACGAGAUGGAGUUCACAGAGGCUGAGAGCAACAUGAACGAUUUGGUGUCAGAGUAUCAGCAGUACCAGGACGCAACGGCUGAUGAGGAAGAAGGUUAUGAGUAUGAAGAAGAUGAAGAGGAAGUGCAGGAGGAGCAAUAACAACAGCUUCUCCCUUUUUUUUCUUAAUAUGUUUGUGUGAUUUUAGUAUCUUUGGCUUGGUUUUCUCUUUUCUUUUCCAGUCUUGCUUUUUUCUUGUAUUGACAUUUGGCUAUGUGUGAUGGUGAUUUUAGGUCUAAGGAUUAGGAAAAAUAUAUGUUUAUAUAAGUCUUUUCGGGUGCUUGGAUUUGAGACAUUGUUUGUUACUGUUUUCCUCAAACGUUUGUGAUUUUCCCUCUGUUUGCAUUACCAUAUUAUUUACGCCA